AUGUCGCUACUGGCAUUAAUUUAUCUCACUUACAUGGCAAACGCUUACAAUUGUGAAGGUCUUUCUAACGGAUUUUAUUGUACCGAUAAUAAAAAUUAUCUUUGGUGUCAUGGAACAACAGAAGGAACACCAGGUAAAUGCCUUGGAGAAACUGUUUGUAAAUGUGGUAGAACACAAUAUAACCCUUGUGUUUGGAGUUUCCUUGAUCUUCCUGAUUGUGAAAAAAAGCCAGGUGAUUUCUUUGAGAAGUUACCAGACUCUUCUGAUACUAAACCAGAUUCUUCUGAAUCUAAACAUGAAUCUUCUGAUACUAAACCAGAUUCUUCUGAAAUUAAACCAGAUUCUUCUGAAAUUAAACCAGAUUCUUCUGAAAUUAAACCAGAUUCUUCUGAAAUUAAACCAGAUUCUUCUGAAAUUAAACCAGAUUCUUCUGAAAUUAAACCAGAUUCUUCUGAUUGUAAACUAGACUCUUCUGAAAUUAAACCAGAUUCUUCUGACUGUAAACCAGAUUCUUCUGAAGUUAAACCAGAUUCUUCUGAAGUUAAACCAGAUUCUUCUGAAUCUAAACAUGAAUCUUCUGAAGUCAAACCAGAUUCCUCUGAGUCUAAACAUGAAUCUUCUGAGCCAGAAGUUAGUGUCCCAAAGAAAACAGUUGCUUACUAUACUAAUUGGGCACAGUACAGAUUCAAUUCAAUUGAUGGAUGGACUUGUAAAUACACAACAGAUAAUAUCGACCCAACAAUUGUGGAUGUAAUCAAUUACGCCUUUGUUGUUUUUGAUUCAACCUAUACAGUUAAGGAGUAUGAGUGGAAUGAUGACCAAAUGAUCCCAAAAAUUGUUGCAAUGAAAUCAAGAAAUCCUAAUCUCAAAGUUCUUGCUUCAAUUGGAGGAUGGAAUUUUAAUUUCUAUGAUUCAACAAAACAUCUUUAUAGUCAAAUGGCAGAAAAGCAAGCAACUCGUGCCACAUUUAUUAAAAGUGCAAUGAAUUUUGCAAGAAAAUACAACCUUGAUGGAAUUGAUAUUGAUUGGGAAUAUCCUGCAAAUGAAGACCAAGGUGGAAGGCCUGUAGAUACACAGUCAUUCACAUUAUUAUUAAAAGAGUUCAGAGAAGCUAUAGACAAAGAAGCAGGUAAUGGGAAAUCCAAACUAUUGUUGACAAUUGCUGCACCUGCUGGUCCAUGGAACAUUAAAAACAUUGAAAUAAGUAAAUUCUAUAAAUACUUAGAUUGGAUUAAUUUAAUGACAUAUGACCUUCACGGAUCAUGGGACUCAGUUACAGGACCUCAUACUGCAUUAUAUGCCACUGAUGGAAUUUCUGUUGAUGACGCUGUUACAGCUUACUUAAAUGCUGGGGUUCCAUCAACUAAAAUUAUGUUAGGAAUGGCUCAUUAUGGACGAGGUUGGACAUUAAAAUCAAGUUCUGAUCAUGAAAUGGGAUCUAAUGCAACAGGAGCUAGUAAAAGUGGAACUUGUACAGGAGAAAAUGGAUAUUUGUCUAAGUAUGAAAUAGAUGCUUUGAUUCCACAAGAAAAUAUUAAAUUUGAUUCAAAAUCAAAGACAAUGUAUGGAUACAAAAACGACCAAUGGUUCUCUUUUGAUACUCAAGAAACCUUUAAAUAUAAGGCAGACUAUCUAUGUAAGAAAAAACUUGGAGGUGUUAUGUUCUGGUCAUUAGAUUUGGAUAAGAACUAUGUCAAUACAAAGUACAUUAAGAGUCUAAUUGAGGAGUGUUAA